AUGGAUCUUUCAGGUCUACGAAGGAUUGUGGAAAAGAACUACCAGCAUGUCCUGGCCUUGUUGCUUGCCAUCGAUGAGAUCAAUGCCAAUCCCCAGCUCUUACCUAAUAUAUCUCUGGGCUACAGCAUAUAUGAAAACUGUUUCAGCUCAAGGAUGACUUAUGAGGCCACGAUAGACCUGCUCUCUACAGGGCACUGGAUGGUUCCUAACUUCAGGUGUGGAAGGCAGGACAAUCCAUUGGCAGUUAUUCAAGGAGGGGACUUUCAUGCCUUUUCCCAGAUGGCGACAAUGUUAGGCAUCUACAAACUCCCUCAGAAUAUGCUUCAUCCUUUUCUAAGAGGCGUCCUCUUUAACAGUACAACCACGGAUGAGGUGCGUUUCAAUGAGGACGGGGAACUGGUAGCUAACUAUGACAUUGUGAACUUGGUCACAUCCUCCAACCAGACGGCCAGGAGAAUGAAAGUGGGGAGGCUGGAGACCCAAGCUUCUUCUGGCUUAGAGCUGACCAUUCGUGAAGAGGCCUGCACAAGGCCCCGCUCAACAUGCUCUGAAAGUUGCAAGCCUGGAAGAAGCAAGGUGGUGCCAGAAGGACGGCUUGUUUGCUGCUAUGAUUGUGCUCUGUGCACGGAAGGGACCGUGGCCCUGCAAGCAGAUGCAAAACAUUGUGAUGAAUGUCCUGAAGAUCAGUAUGCAAACAAGGAGAGGGAUCAAUGUCUCCCAAAGGUUACAGUCUACUUGUCCUACAGAGAACCUCUGGGGAUCACUUUGGCUUUCUUUGCCCUCUUACUGUCUCUAAGCACAUGUUUUGUUUUAGGCAUCUUCAUUACCUAUGCCAACACUCCCAUAGUCAAAGCCAACAACCGAGACCUCUCCUACAUCCUUCUCGUCUCCCUCCUGCUUUCCUUUCUGUCGUCCUUCCUGUUCAUUGGCCAGCCCAGGAAGGUGACCUGCCUUUUCCGCCAAACUGUCUUCAGCACCAUCUUUUCAGUGGCCGUGUCUUCUGUGUUAGCCAAAACGCUCACUGUGGUGCUGGCCUUCAGGGCCACAAAGCCAGGGAACAGGAGACAGCUGGGGAAGAGUAUGGCAAUUGUUAUUGUCCUUUUCUGUUCCAUUAUUCAAUUUGGUGUCUGCAUCCUUUGGAUGGGAAUUUCUCCUCCCUUCCCAGAACUGGACAUGUACUCCCAGGGUGGACAGAUCAUUUGGCAAUGCAAUGAAGGGUCUGUCACUAUAUUUUAUGGCACUCUUGGCUAUAUGGGUUUCCUGGGCACUAUUUCUUUCAUCGUAGCCUUCCUAGCCAGAAAGCUGCCUGGGGCAUUCAAUGAGGCCAAGUUCAUCACUUUCAGCAUGCUGGUAUUUUGCAGCAUUUGGGUCUCUUUUGUACCUACCUAUCUGAGCUCCAAGGGGAAAUACAUGGUAGCUGUGCAGAUAUUCUCUAUCUUGGCCUCCAGUACCGGCUUACUGAGUUGCAUUUUUCUGCCUAAAUGCUAUGUCAUAAUACUGAGGCCUGAAAUGAAUACAAAAGAAUGUCUAAUGAAGAAAAGGGGAUC